AUGCGUUACUACCCGUCUCUCGCGCUCAACGUCGCUUAUCAGGACUGCUAUCGCCUUCUCCUCGCCCCGUCUCACCUUCUCACAGAGCCUUCUCGCAGAGCCUUCUCACAGAGCCUUCUCACCAAGCCUUCCGCCACGCGAAUCGCAGCAGGAAACGUCCUGGCAGGCGCAGCAGCAGGAGCCACUGGCCUUCUAGUCACGUACCUGCCUCCAGACCUGGACACUCACCUGCCGGCUAUCAUGACUGCUUUGCUCUCCACCAACGAGGUUGUCGCUACCCGGAGCAUCAGCGACUGCUCACACACAUCCGCAAGAACGAGUGACUGGAUCCACUCGAAACUGUUUUCGGACACAUCAGCGGACGGCGAUUCCAGCGAUGACGAGGAUUACAGCGACGCUGACGAGGACGAGCGCAGCGUGUUCGGCAGCAAAUCACGCGCCGCCAAGUCAGCGUCCCGCCAGGACGGGUCGACGAAGUCUGUGUGGUCGAACGCGCUCUUGUCCAGGGCGGGCAAGAAGGCGCAGCUUGGCAGGCCACAGCUGCACGAGCGGACCAUGGAGACAGGUGGCGACACGCCCACCCGCGGAACCCUUUCCUCUGGUGCUACUGUUGCUGGUAGUGGGGGGCAUACUGGUGGUGGUGGUGGUUCGAAGCGGCAUCGUGAUGGGGAUGGGGAGAGGAAGGGGAGGAUUCGGGCUUCGAGUAUACAGAGGAUGGAAAGAUAG